AUGGAAGACCUGACUCAACGAGCACUCCCACCACCAGCGGAUGGUGUUGACCCUGGUCGUAAUUGGCAGCAGGGCGCACGGGGCGCACAGGGCAGCAGGGCAGCAGGGCGCGCGGGGCGCACAGGGCUGCAGGGCGCGCGGGGCGCACAGGGCAGCAAGGCAGCAGGGCGCACGGGGCGCACAGGGCAGCAGGGCGCGCGGGGCGCAGCAGGGCUGCAGGGCGCGCGGGGCGCACAGGGCAGCAAGGCAGCAGGGCGCACGGGGCGCACAGGGCAGCAGGGCGCGCGGGGCGCAGCAGGGCUGGCGGGCGGGGGGGGCAGGCAGGUGCUGCAGGUCCCCUCCCCCCACUGCCGCAUCCGCUCCAGGGGGAUGGCAGAUCCCCUCCCCCCCACUGCUGCACCCGCAGCAGGGGGAGGGAGAGGAGAAAAGGGCGGAGAGGAGGGGGUCCAGGGGCGGCUGCUCCAGGGGCCAGGGGCCAGGGGCGGCUGCUGA